AAACUUACAAUGAGUGAAGACCUAUAUACCUCAACAUUGCAAGCAAUAGGUGCUUUUGACUAUUCUGCAGCUAAUAAACUUGCUACUAGGCUAUUACGUGCUUAUCAACCAUUCGGCAGUAUCAUGAUGAAACUUAUCAAUUGUGAAAAUUUGUAUACACAACUCUCUUUUAUGAAACCAAAAUGGUUUAUGCGCAAAGACAGCCUGUUGAAUUCAAUGUAUACCUAUUUGGUCGAUGAUGCUGUCAAGGAAAUUCAUAUAUUUGAAAGUAACACCACUGUGACGAAUUAUUUUGAAAGGGCAUCGAUUCUUAGUAUUUUGACUGGAUUAUCAGACCUUUGUACUAUACGACAAAAUUUGAUCAACAUUUAUCAACGUAUUGCUUCUCAAUCAUCCAAAACACCUCAAAAUGAUCUAUUGGAGGAUUUACAAAAUAUGAUGAAUACUGUUGAACAUACCGGAUUGGCACAACGAUUAGGAUUCUUGGGUAUAGGUGUGAAAAAGGAAAUCUCGAUUUUGGCAGCUCUUUUACGAUUACGAAUGGUUAUCACUGAUUAUGCUUUUCAAGAUGCUUGUAUGGCAUUGUAUGAAUAUAAACAAGAAUUAUUGGAUUGGAAAUCACAAUGUGAGGCUCAAGAUUAUCCAGAGAAGUCAUCCGUACGUCAUGAGGAAGUCAAAGAAUCUUAUACUUGGCCUUUUGGUCUUUUUUCAAGUACAAGUGGAUCAGAUAACAAAAGUCGUAGUGGUGAUAUUUGGCCUCCAACCAUCCGAUGGCUCAGCAAAUACUUGAUCAAUCUCACAGCAAAAAUGACACUUUACUUUCACACCAUUCUCCUCGAAAAGGAAAGAUUGUUGGUAGAUGAUGAACCAGAACGUACCUUAUGGAAAGGCAUCGAACCAGAUUAUUUUGAAAUGAUAUCGACGUUUCGGAAAAGGUAUGGUGCACAUAGUAUUGGCCUUGUUUAUGAAGUGAAGACUGAAAAACCUUUCUUUCCUGAAGGAUUUGUUUGUCAUGGAACACCUUAUGAACCACCUCGAGGAAUACAUUCAUUUCCCUUUAUUUUUUGUUUACCACCACAACCUCCUACGAAUCAUUUACCCAACAUUAUUUCAAUUAUUCAAGGAAGUCAAACCAAACUCAAUGAUUCAAAAACAGGACCAACUCAUUUCUUUGAUAAUAUGCUUGCAAGUACAUAUUACCUUAUGCGGGUGGAUGAACAUGGUGUAUUUGUGAUCGUUUAUCAGGAAAAGCAUCAACAAAAAGAACCGACAACCAUCAGCUUCAUGUCAAAUAUGGUUUCUCUCCUUCGUGGUUCUUCUGUUAUCUCCGAACUACUUCGAAUGGAUUAGAAUCAUAUAUAUCUUGUAUACCUUUCUUCAUCAUCAUUAUCAUUUUGUAUAUACAAUGCAUUUAUUUUUCAAUAAAAAGAAACA